AAUGUCAAUCUUUUAAAUGUCAAAUUUGACAACAACAAAAAACAACGGCGAUCGUACGAGAAUCUCUAAAAUAAUUUACCUUCACGAUUAAUUAAAUAAAAACAGCAUGGGACGCCGCAAAUCUAAAAGAAAGCCUCCUCCAAAACGUAAAGCAAUUGAACCCUUGGAUCAGCAAUUCAAUUGCCCCUUCUGCAAUCACGAGAAGUCAUGUGAGGUGAAAAUGGAUCGUGCCAGAAAUACAGCUAGAAUACAAUGUCGGGUGUGUUUAGAGGACUUCCAAACAACAACAAAUGUUUUGUCUGAACCUAUAGAUGUUUAUAAUGACUGGGUUGAUGCUUGUGAAAGCGCUAACUAGGUUUUAAAUAUUACUAUAUAAGUUCUAUUAUACAAUAUUCAAACUGUGAAAACUGAAAACUGUUUUUUUUUAAUUAUUGUAAAAAUAUAAAUGUGAUAAAACAUA